AUGUCACCAACCGGUAUGAGGCGCGCGCACGCUUCAAAGACCUGGAAAAGGCUGAGGUUCGAACCUGAUGAUGAGGCCGUUUCGAAAGAUCUGGAGAGUCUUGAGGAGAAAAAAGAGGUCGAUGAGGAAGUGACGGAGCCACCGAAGAAGAGACGAAGGAGUCGCAAGACUGGCAGGUCCAGGAAAUUAAGUCUUGAGGAGAAAAAAGAGGUCGAUGAGGAAGUGACGGAGCCACCGAAGAAGAGACGAAGGAGUCGCAAGACUGGCAGGUCCAGGAAAUUAAGGAAAGCAUCACUUCCUUCUAGGACAAGAAUGGCAGAUGAGCAAAGGGAGGCCAGCAAUUCGAGAUCAAGGGAGGAUUCGCAUGAGCAGGACGAUGAGCCGGAGACCACUACCGCCAUGACCUUCAGACGGAAGAUACUACGUCUGAGCAAAAUUAAUCGAGAGCCGUACAGACCGGAAGAAGAAAACGCCGAAUAUAGACCGCGAAAAUCACGACCUCACACGAGAAGGGUCAAGAAGGUGAAAAGGCAUCGAAGGACAAAGACGCCUAAAAGUAUGUCCGCCAAUGCAUCACCCCUCAAACAGCACUGCCUGAACAUUCGAACGUUCGCACGACAAUUCGGUAGCAACCGACAUCGAAGAAUUCGCGCAAGGUAA